CCCACUUGCAUUAACUUAAUUCACCUUAGCCAUCAAUCACUGUCAAAGUUUUAAUGUCCGGGGUGAUGAGACUCAUGGCAUACAGCGUAACAGAACAGCUAUACAUAUAAUAUGUCCAACCUCAACUUCACAUCAUAGCAAAGACAAGACGGAAAAUAUCAGGCGGCUUGUUCUGUUGGAUGGACAUAAAUAUAUACGCCCUUGGAAAGCUCAAUUGUCAAUACUCGAAACCCAUAAGCUCUCUCUCAUACUCACUUCUCGGAAGGGAGAUAAUGGAGAAAACCCCAUGGCUUCAUCUCUGUCUCAUUUCAUGCUUAAUCUUAUUCUUUCUGGUGCGUUCUUGGUACCCUCCACGCAAACCAGAACUGCCUGAUUGCUCUCUGCAUGCCCCAUGGUGCACCUCUAAGAACCGAAUUUUCUCCAACUCCAAGGCGGGUUCAGCGUUACAUACCCAAGUUCAAGAAUCGACAGACCACUCAGCCGAGAGCCCUCGACACCCACUAGACCCUCUUACUAUACAGGAAAUCAACAGGGUCCGGACCAUCCUCUCGUCCUAUGAGCCCUUUUCAUCUACCUUCCCUACUAUUAACACCUUACUGCUUGAUGAACCAGAUAAGCUGCAGGUUAUCGGGUGGAGAAAAGGUGACCCACUUCCACCAAGAAAAGCAGCUGUUCUGGCUCUGUUAAAUGGCCAAUCCCACGUGCUUUCAGUGGACUUGGAUUCUAGCCGUGUCACUGCCAUGCCAUCAAAUCCAACCUCAGGGUAUCCUAUGCUAUCCAUGAACGAUAUUUUGGGUGCGUCCAAAGUGCCGUUUUCUAGUGCAGAAUUUAACAAAUCCAUGACCGCCCGAGGGAUCUCUUUAUCGAAUUUGGUGUGCUUGACGCCUUCAGCCGGCUGGUUUGGGCCUAAAGAAGAUGGCAAAAGGGUCAUAAGGGUCCAGUGCUACUCUGGUGAAGGCACGUCCAACUUCUACAUGAGGCCCAUUGAAGGGCUCACGGUGACAGUGGACCUGGACAAAAUGGAGGUGGUGAAAAUAUAUGAUGCAGGCCGACGUAUCCCUGUUCCGAAAAGUACCGACACUGAUUACCGGUAUGCGGCUCAAGAGAAGCUACCAGAAAUGGAGCCACUAAACCCAAUUUCCAUAGAACAGCCCAAAGGGCCAAGCUUUAGAAUUGAAGAUGGGCAUCCGGUUAAGUGGGCCAACUGGGUGUUCCACCUCAAGGCUGACCAACGAGCUGGUUUGGUGAUUUCGCCAGCCAUGGUGCGGGACUCGGAGACGGGUGAGCUCAGGAAUGUGAUGUACAAAGGGUUCUCUUCAGAAUUGUUCGUGCCGUACAUGGACCUUGACGAGUCUUGGUAUUUUAAGUCGUAUAUGGACGCUAGGGAGUUUGGGUUAGGGACAACAGCCCUUUCACUCGUGCCACUAAACGAUUGUCCGAGGUACUCUUACUACAUGGAUGGGGUUUUUGCGGCCUCGGACGGCAUGCCAUUUGUUCAGCCGAGCAUGAUAUGCCUCUUUGAGAGGCAUGCCGGCGACAUCAGUUGGCGGCAUUCUGAAACCCAAGUUUUCGGUUUUCAGAUUAGGGAGGCGAGACCAAAAGUAACCCUUGUCGCUCGUAUGGCAGCAUCAGUGGGAAAUUACGAUUACAUCUUCGAUUGGGAGUUUCAAACAGAUGGUCUGAUAAGGAUUAAGGUUGGACUCUCGGGAAUGCUGAUGGUGAAAGGAAGUCCUCAUCAGAAUGUAUAUCAGGUGCCUAAUCAAGGUGACAUGUCCGGUCCUCUUAUUUCGGAGAAUGUUAUUGGAGUAGUUCACGAUCACUUCAUUACCUUCCACCUGGACAUGGAUAUUGAUGGGCCUAAUAAUUCGUUUGUGAAUGUUAAUCUCGUGAAGGAAGAGAGUUUACCCGGAAAAUCCCCUAGGAAGAGCUACUUGAAAGUUGAGAGAAAAACAGCGAAGACAGAAAAAGAUGCACAAAUUAAGCUUAAGUUGUAUGAUCCAUCAGAAUUUCACAUGAUCAAUCCUUCCAGGAGGUCUAGGCUGGGAAAUCCAACCGGAUACAAACUUGUUCCUGGAGGAACUGCAGCUAGUUUGCUUGAUGGUGACGAUCCUCCACAACUCAGAAGUGCGUUCACGAACAACCAGAUAUGGGUGACCCCCUUCAAUAAGAGUGAACAAUGGGCUGGUGGGCUUCUAGUGUAUCAGAGCAGGGGAGAGGACACUCUUGCUGUGUGGUCUGAAAGGAAUCGUCCUAUUGAAAGUAAGGAUAUUGUGUUAUGGUACACCAUGGGAUUCCAUCACAUUCCAUGCCAAGAAGAUUUCCCUGUAAUGCCAACAGUGACAUCAGGCUUUGAGCUCAAGCCUGUCAAUUUCUUCGAAAGCAAUCCAAUUCUUCGAGCUGCCCCAGCCUUUGAGAAAGACUUAAUUGUCUGCCGGCCAGGUGCUUUCUCUUGAAUCUUGAUUGCCUUUCCCUCAAUACCAUAUCAUCCCAGAGAAUCCCGCAGGCUAAUACACUUGUAAUUGAUCGCUAUAUCUAAUUGAUGUUACGACUUGGAAGUGACAUCUUGACUUACCCUCCUACUUGAAGUUAACUCGGACGGUUUCCAAGCAACUUUCACUUACCCGAGUGACCCACAAAACGGACCUUAACUAAGAAUAAAAAGGUAUAUACGUACUUGCUUUA